AUGGCGGUAAAUGCUGCCGUGCAAGAGAUCUUGGACACAACGCUGCCUACCUUGCACAGGAGCUGCUUCUGCGACAUCGAUGUUGUUGCCUUGGCGCAAUCCUGUGAAACAUUGCGCAUUGCUUGGGCAGACACGCUGCAGGAGAGAAAGGCAGAGGCCAUUGAUGCUCAUGCAGAUGUGCUCCUUCAUGCCAAGGCCAGGGGCGCGAAGUUCGAUUCCAAGCAGCUCAACUUCAAGAAAAGCUUCUUGACGGACGAUGAGCUU